CUGCAGGAGAGGGCUAGGGAGCAAGGCCAAACCCUUGAUGCUCUGACAGGAGCUGUGAAGGCACUGGCGGGACAGGUGGGUGACUUGGUGGCGGCCCUGAAGAAAUCAGGGAUCGAAGCUGGCGGCGGCGGCCAGUUGCACGGGGAGGACGGCGCGCCAGGGGAGGGGUCGAUGUCGGUGGAGGCGGCCGGCGACCACGGCGCCGCGCGGGCCUCGGCGAACACGGCGGCGGAGGGGCGAGGAGAGAAGGGCGGCGCGGCGGCCAACCCUAACCGGCUGGGGUUGCGUGCGGGCCAGGUCUCCUUUGGCCCAACCAUCAAAGAUGGGCUGCUUCCGACUCCCUCGGCCCAGGAGAAGGCGCGCGCGCGGGGCAAGGCCAAGAUGGCAGAGUACGUGGGCUUGGAUGAAGAAGAGUUGAUGGGCUUGGAGCAGGAAAGAGUUGAUGGGCUUGGAGCAGGAGUAUGAUCAUGAGCCGUGGCCCAAUGAGCCGAAUGGGCCCGGGGAGGAUUAUAACAGGGAUGAAGGA